CUUGAGAUGAUUUACUUUUGUUCUUCAUUCGCGCAUACCACAGAUAAAUAUUUAAAAUGUCAUUGAGUAUCUAAAAGUUGAUAACUUAGUAAAACUUUAUUUCAAUAUACAUUGUGACCAGAUCCAAUUAUUGGUAUUCUUCCUUAGUAGGUUUCUUUUGUUUUUGUAUAAGAAGGAUUUGUUAUUUUUAUUCACAAACUAAAAGACUUUAUCUCCUUUGGAUAUUUAGACCUAGUCUCCUGUCUAUAAUCUAGCCUUUAAGCAGUACAACAAAUACAGCUACUUCAUUAAAUGUAAAUAGUGAUAAAUUCACCCUGUAAAUCAAAUUGCUUUACAAUUUACAUUUAGAAAUUGUUUACAAAUAUAGGUAGCAAGUACCAGGCAAGAGGGGCUCAUGGUCCAGGAAAAAAAGCUACUAACAAACAGAUAAAGAGUACCAAGAAAAUUUCUCAGUACUGCUACUAAUUUAAGAUUUGGGAUGGUGGAGAUUUUAGUGACCGCUGGUUGGCAACAGGCGGGGUUUGAAGGAAUGAGAAAGGUUAGUUGGUGGACUUCAGGGUUCUGGAAGAAACAGGGUGAGGGCAUUCGGAGAUGACCUAAGUUGGCAAGUGCGCAGUGAGAUAGGAAAAGGCAUCAGGACCUUGGGAGAAGGUGGGGAAAGACACCAGAAAAAGCACGGAUUAAAGAAAAUUGAAGGGGGAAAACAGCAAGCACCAAAGAUAAGAUGGUGGACUGAGGGCUGUAACGCUCAAGGUGCAAAGAGAAAGCAAAUAAAGCAGGCCUUUAAAGGGAAGAGGCAUGCUCAAAAAGAUAGAAGCGAACAGGGAUGGAGUCCCCUUCACCAAAGGACAGAAACAAAGAGGGACUCCCGAGCCGAAGGCCGCAGUGGCGUGUGUGGUGGGUGGGUCAGCAGCAGGUGGAGCAGAGCCCGAGGUGCUCGAGUGCGUCUGGCUGUGGAAGGAAGGAGUUGCAGUCUGGACGGCGUGGCCGGUGAAUGUCCGUGGGGAUCGGGUGCAUGUCCUUCAGUACCGCAUUUCAGGCGGGGUUGGAGGUGGAUUCCAGUCGCCGCGAGUGAAUUCCAUUCAGGACGGGGUGCGUUUCGUACCGUGCUGGGGCGAGCGAGUCCAGGGCAGGGUGUCCAACGGGGGCUCUGGGGAGGUUCCGGGUGCGAGGCGGGGGGGAAAUGCCGUCAGUGCCGCGCAGGAUCCACGGCAAAGGGACUUCGGGGACGUUCCGCGUUACGAGCUGCACUUCACUCCCGCCCCUCCCGCUCCCGGGGGAACCUGUUGCUGGAGAAAUGGGCGGGCGGCGGCGACGGCGACGGAGGACCCUCCCUCGCCUCCGCCCGGGCCUCACGGCGGCCCUUGCACCCUAGAGAUAUCCUUCGGCAGGGCCCCUUCCUUUGCUCCUUUGAUUAAAAAAAGAAGAAAAAAAGAAUCACCCCCACCGCACGCCGGUGAAGGGCGAGCUUGGUGGUGGCUCGUGCCGCUUCCGGGAGCGGAGGCGCGGCUCCGCGGGCAGGAGGCGGAGGAGGAGGCGGAGGCGGCGGCGGCGGAGGAGGCCAACAUGGCGGCGCGCAGGGCUGGGCCGGGCCGCCGCCGCGCCUAAACGCCGUACCAC